AUGCGUUUCGCUCUGGUCCUCUGCCUAUCGGCAGUCUCGCUUGCUGCCCCAACAAACUUCCUCGAUCAUGCAUACGACUGGUCAGACGAGCUAGCCGAAUUCUACGGCAAGAUUAGCCAGUACAUCAACACAGCAAAGCACAACAUCAGGGCACCAUCCGCCUGUGAUGUUUCCAAAAUUGCUCUGCCAUCCUAUGCAUCAGGCCUUACCGGCCCUGGAAGCCUCACUCCAGUAUACGUCGGACUAGGACGAGGCACUCAGAAUUACACCUGUGCAGAUUCGUCAUCAAGCUCUACCCCCGUAGCAGCAGGAGCCGUCGCCAGACUCUACAAUGCCACAUGCAUCGCAGCCAACUACCCAGGCGUACUGGAGAAACUCCCCAACCUCGCCUACAAAAUCACACUCCCAACCGACGAAAACGCUGCCUUCCCUCCCUCCAAUAUCGAUCUCAUGGGCCAUCAUUUCUUCUACGAUGCAACAACCCCCGAAUUCAACCUCAAUACCACGCCUGAUAAACAGCAUGGUAUUGUGAUGACCAAGAAAGGCGGUGCGAUCGAUGCUCCUUCAAAUGCACUCUCUGGACAGUAUGGUGCUGUGGCAUGGCUAUACUUGACUUCCACUGAGGGAACUGUGGGAAACUAUAAGAGCGUGUAUCGAGUAGAUACUGCUGCUGGGUCCCCACCUAAGACAUGUAAGGGUAUGCCGGCUGCUUUCCAGAUGCAGUAUGCUGCGAACUAUUACUUCUUUGGAGAAUAA